AUGCGACGGAUUUCCUCAUUCAAGGAGCACUACAGGCGAGCUUCGGCGCGUGCUGCCACCCCUCCGCCCCCCGUCUACGAGCCGCUGUCGCCCAUCCUGCCGCCCACCGAGCUCUCGUCAGCGCACCCCGCCGGCAGGGCGAAUAUUCCACCAGCGCCGCUGCCAGCCAGCGCACACGGUAAUGGCGCUCUCACACAUACGCCUACUCUCGGGCAGAGUACGCGCGCGUCGCCGAAGCUGGCGCCGCCGCCGGUGACGUAUGAGCCAGCGUCGCGAUCCGUGCCUCCUCCCCAUGCACCGCAGUAUUCUCGGGCGCAGGCAUCGCCUAUCGAGACGCUCGCAGACGCCGCCGUGACGUCGCAGCGGACCAGCCCAGCCUUUGCGGAGCCGUCGCGCCGCUCUUCACACCCCGCGAAAUCGCCCUCGUCCCUCCCUUACCCCGUCGCCGAACGCGCCCCGGCACACGCCCUGCCCAGAGACCACACAUAUCCCUUCAAUGAGCGGCCGGCAAAGAGAGCGCGCUCCGAGGUCUAUGGCUCGCCGCAGUAUGGCCAGGCUCAGUCGAGGCCCGCCACGAGCCACCUUCCGGGCUGGUCCUACAAUGUCGAGCACAUGGCAGAUAAUGGCAACCGCAUCUAUCAGCCCACCGGCGAGCCCAACGACCGGCUGUCCGAUGCCCAGCUUUUGCUGGAUUUUUUCAAUGUCUCUACACAGACUGCACAAUCACCGCCGUCGACAGCCAAGCGGUGGAGCAUUUCACAACCAGCGCCAGCCGAACAACCUGUAGGACAAGCACAGCAGCCAGUCGAGCCUCCGAGCCCAUAUACAGCGCCGCCCCCGCCGCCUGCCGAUCGAUACCACCAGCAUACGCAGCCUCCCGUAGACACGAAGCACCCUUUGGCCCUGCCAGCCGAUACAGCCCGGACCGUUUCGGCUGCGCAUAUCCACACAUCACCUGACGAAGCACCAAGUGCAGUUGCACAGCAUGCAGCGCAAGGCCACGCUCCCGUGGAAGAGCCCAAGGCAAAGAAGCAGCAGGGCUGGCCGAAAGGCAAGGCACGCGGAGGACGUGGCGGCGCUAGCACGACGAGUAGCAAGCGAAAGAGGACCCCCAAGCCAAAGGGCGCAUCGUCUGGAGAGACUACGGGAGCCGUAGAACAGCCCCAACCGCCUUCGAAUCUGCAAGCCGAGCUGCCUGCUGCCGUUACAGCCGAGAACUCUAUACCCCCAGCAGCGCUGACCGAGCCUGCGCAUACCUCGCCCACACAAGCCCGCCGCCACUCCUUCUCCGCGUCGACCCAGCCACAGCCCAACGAACCACCGCCGUCAGUCUCUUCGCGCGCCCAGUCACUUCCUCUCGGCCAGCAACCAGCUGCAACUGCGCCCCCCGAUACACCGUCUCAGCCCGCAAACGCCCCAGUCGAACCAGAACUCAUCUGCGCCACCUGCAAGUCUUCCGAGUCGGUGGUCAAAGUCGGUGACGGCGAGCAAUGGAUAGGGUGCGAUGGCUGCAAAGAGUGGUAUCACUACCCUUGUGCUGGGUUCAACAGCGAGCGGGAGGUGCGGGAGGUAAAUAAAUUCUACUGCGAGCCGUGUAGACCCAAGUUUGGUGAAACAACGAAGGUUCGUAAAUCCGUCAGAGCCCACACCACUGUUGACUACGCUGGUCUAAACGAAGGGGUGCUGAAGACGUCGGAUGAUAACCCAGAACACCACUAUAUUUCAGCGUUCAAGAAUGGGGAUAUUGCCUUCACACCCGAGACGUUCGCACGCGUGCCAGCGCAGCUCAUUACUGGCGAUUUUUUGGAGAAGAUGAACGGGUUCAAAGAGCCAAUUAUAAUUCCGGGCGAUAUGAACCCCAAAGUAGGGGCGCCAGCUGAGGCCGAUGAUAUCGACCAGCAAAAAGACGAGUCGACGACAUCAUACUUUGAAUACGAAACAGUCAAAGACGACGGGCAAGACAGUCUCGACAUGGUCAUCCCCAAGGGAUUGACCGUCCGGCGCGUAGCAGAACUCUACGGUCCGAACGAACCUGUACCCGUCAUUGACGUCAAGGCUCAGGAGGGCGAAGUCAAGAAGUGGACCAUGGGGAAAUGGGCGGAUUACUACGAGCAGCAAGGAGAAAAGCCUGUGCGGAACGUCAUCAGCUUGGAGGUAUCUCGAAGCCGACUGGGAAAGCUCAUCCGACGACCUAAAGCCGUCCGGGACAUGGACCUUCAAGACUCGGUAUGGCGGGAAGAUGACAAAGCCCCACCACCGCCAGUGCAGUUUUACUGUCUGAUGUCUGUCGCCGACUGCUUCACUGAUUUUCACAUCGACUUUGGUGGUUCUUCGGUCUACUACCACAUUGUCAAAGGCAAAAAGGUCUUCUUUUUCAUCCCGCCAACCAAGCAAAACCUCAAGAAGUAUGAAGACUGGUGUCUUUCCCCCAAUCAAGGCCAUGAUUGGCUCGGCAAACAAGUCAAAGAGUGUUACAGGGUCGACCUGUACCCUGGCGACACGAUGCUGAUCCCGUCUGGCUGGAUCCAUGCAGUCUGGACGCCCGAAGACAGUCUCGUCAUUGGAGGCAAUUUUCUCACUCGGAUACAUUACGGCAUGCAAAUCAAAAUUCUCGAAAUUGAGAAAAACACCAAGGUGGCCUUGCAGUUUCGGUACCCUUUCUUCCAAAAGAUCAUGUGGUUGACCGUCAUCAAAUACCUCGAAGACGACCCGGUUCCCGUUCCCGUUCAAGAACUCCUGCAGGGCGGCGAGCAAUUCAAACGAUCCACACCCAUCUACUGCGAACCAGACAGAUUUGGACACAACUCGCACCUCGGCGCGCAAAACUACAAUCGGCGGUACUAUCCUAAACACGAGCUGGAAGGGCUGACAGACCUCCUCAAUUACAUCUGGAGGACCGUUCUCAUUACCGAGGGAAAGAUUGAUGUACCACAGAAGACUCGAAGUGCAGUCAACAAGUCGAUACCAAAAGGCCACGGCGAACCGCUUGUGCUAGCGCGGCGGUUUGCUAUGUGGAUUGCCUGGAAGCGCGGAAACGAAGCCAUCCCGUCAUGGGCCUUUUCCGAUGCUAUAUUGCCCGAAGUGGCCGAGACUACAGAGAAGAAACUGAGUGCGGCUCAAGUCAAGAGACUGGAGCGGGAGACGCUUCACGAAGCUCUGCGAGCAACAGCAGAGAGGUCUUCGGCGCGUAUCAAGGCUUCUGAUGUGGUUCCCGAGCCUUCUCCCCCUGUCGAGACGGAGAAUUUCCACAAUUUCGAUAUGGUACCUGUCACCUCUGGCCCGCUAACUGGCUUCCUCCGUCCGUCGGCAAACAACCCGCAUAUCACGACACCCAAGACCUCUCAGCUCGGACCCAAACGUGUUGCCUGCGAUGCUUGCAGAAAGCGACGGAUACGAUGCAAGCACAAAGACGAGCUCAUUGACACGUCGAAGCCUGGAAUGCACACCAUAGAUCUUUCGGGCUCAUACGGCAUCUCUGUCAAACGUCGGCUUAGUGAUCACUCUAUCGCGGAUAGCCUUUCCAACGCCCCCAACGGUCCCGUGAAUGGUGGUCCCAUCAUGGCAGAUGUAAAUGGAGAUCCCUACGCGCUCAAGUCUGGUAGAGUAAAGGCUUGUGCUGACUGUCGGAAGAGCAAGCGCCGCUGCAUACAUGACGAAUAUGGCAAUGUCGAUCCGAUCAAAGCCAACGAAAUUCCUAUUCCUAGAGGUUCUGCGUCCAAGAAACGACGGGUCAGUGACGAAGAUUCAGCAUCAACCGCAAAGCGGAUGAGACACGCAUCAUCAUACGAAGACGAGUACAUGAACGGAGACAUGCACACACGGCACUCUUUGCCAAGCCAAUUCAACGGUGGCUCAUCCUUCCUCCAGGAUAUCGCCUACUCUGCCCAACAAGCGCUAGACCAGACGCCCGAGAACGAUGAACUAGUGCCUGUUGAUCCUGCACUCCAAGCAUACACGAAUGGCGACUACAACAACAUAGACGCAGCAAAUGCAUACCAUGGUAACGGCGAUACUGUCAUGUCAUCUGUCGAGUAUCAGCCCACCGAUCCCAUGCUUAUGGAUGGUGUUGAGCUCACACAACACAAUGGCGAGCCCCACGGACCCAGCGUAGAACCACUCACGCCUGGCCCUGUCCCUCAUGAUGAAAACAUUCACCCACAGACGAACGGCUUCACAUCAAAACCCGCCUCAGAGCACCACGCCGUCCGUCAUCCUUCUUCACCAGUUUCGGGCCCCUCGCCAGCAGCCAACGGCUACAGUCCGUACAUAACAUCGCCUGCGACAAAUACCCACACCAACUUUACCACAAACUCCGACUUUCCGCCUCCGCCCAUCACACCCACUGUCACCUCAUGCAAAGCAACCCGCACCCAACAGCAGCAACAACAACAACAACAACAACACCACCAAUCUUCAGCCCGCAAAGCAAGCCACACGCCUUCCCGCGGCGGCCGCAACAGCAAAACACCAAAGUCGACACCAGGCAACAAGAAACACGACAACAGCAGCAACGGCAUCAAACUCGAGCACGGCAUGACCAUGGGCACGGGUGUAGGCAUGAACAUGGGCAUGCUAAACAUGAUUGAUCCCAAUCUCGACCAGGCGAGCUUCGACCUCAUCAAGCAGCUGCAACAAGAAGACUUGGGAUUGAGAAGGCGAAGUCGGUGA